AUGAUGAACAGGGAGAAGGUUGGACGUAGAUUAGAUCUCGUGAAUAGCUCUGCCGGGUCUAUCAUCAGUUUGGCGGCGUGGUGUGCAUUGCAGGCCUCUAGCGCCGAUGUCAUUUUUGCCGCUAUCGAUGAGCGAAUGCGUAACGCCUCCACGAGCAAAGAGACGCGCUGUGCACUGCUCAACGUCAUCCAUGAACUUCUCCUUACGUGUGCUGCCAACGGUGUUCCAGAGGCAGGGAAGCGGAGUGUGCUGAUGGCGGUUAGUAAGACCCUCCCUGGCAUGGUGCAGGCGGUGCGCGGACUUGCUGGGGCAGACGCCGAGGCGUUUGAGCAGAAUCUGUCAAAGGUGGUAUCAUGGUGGUCGAUGCUGAAUAUUUUCCCACGUGCAUGGAUCGCCCAGCUUGGUGUGAAAAAGGAGGCGGAGCAGCCUAGAGAUACGACAGGAGGGGCUUCAAUGCCCGUGCAGCUUUCCUACAUUGCGAACUUGAUGUCGAGGUACAACGAGAUGAAGGAAGAAUGUCUUCGAGUGUCACAUGCCUCACCGGAACGAGCGGCGUCUCUUCGUGAAGAGGCGAUACAACAACUUACAAAAAUUAGGGAAGUUGUUCAUUGCAAGCUAGACGGCGGGGUGUCUCUUGUUGCAUGGCUUGAUGCGGAGCGGAACGCGUUGGAGGGAAAUUUGCCGAGCAUGACAUCCUCCGUUGUGGGACAGAAGGAAGAAGAUGACGUUCUUGGCUCCUUUUUUUGA